GGCGGGAGGCGUGUUGUGCCGGGCGGAGGGAGGAGCGCUGGGGCUCGGGCUUGGCGGCGAAGCGACCCCUUGCUCGCUCCGCGCCGCGGGCUAGGCGUGUUGGGCGGCGAGGCGGGCGGCCACGGCUUCCCGACAGGCUCGGGAGGCCGAGACCCUCGCGGCGCCCGGCGCUGCCCCGGCCCCCUCGGCCUCCUGCAGCGAGGCGGGGGAGUGAGGAGAUGCCGACCCAGAGGGACAGCAGCACCAUGUCCCACACGGUCGCGUGCGGCGGCGGCGGGGACCAUUCCCACCAGGUCCGGGUGAAAGCCUACUACCGCGGGGAUAUUAUGAUAACACACUUUGAGCCUUCCAUCUCCUUUGAGGGACUUUGCAGUGAGGUUCGAGAUAUGUGUUCUUUUGACAAUGAGCAGCCGUUCACCAUGAAAUGGAUAGAUGAGGAAGGAGACCCGUGUACGGUGUCUUCUCAGUUGGAGUUAGAAGAGGCUUUCAGGCUGUACGAGCUGAACAAGGAUUCUGAACUCUUGAUCCAUGUAUUUCCAUGUGUACCAGAGCGUCCUGGAAUGCCUUGCCCAGGGGAAGACAAGUCCAUUUACCGGAGAGGGGCACGCCGGUGGAGAAAGCUGUAUUGUGCAAAUGGCCACACUUUUCAAGCCAAACGUUUCAACAGGCGCGCCCACUGUGCCAUCUGCACAGACAGAAUCUGGGGCCUUGGACGACAAGGAUACAAGUGCAUCAACUGCAAACUGCUGGUUCAUAAGAAGUGCCACAAGCUGGUCACAAUUGAGUGUGGGCGGCACUCUCUGCCACCGGAACCCAUGAUGCCAAUGGACCAGACCAUGCAUCCAGACCACACACAGACAGUAAUUCCAUAUAAUCCUUCAAGUCAUGAGAGUUUGGACCAAGUUGGUGAAGAAAAGGAGGCAAUGAAUACCAGGGAGAGUGGUAAAGCGUCGUCGAGUCUAGGUCUGCAGGAUUUCGAUUUGCUUCGAGUUAUAGGGAGAGGAAGUUACGCCAAAGUACUGUUGGUUCGGUUAAAAAAAACAGAUCGCAUUUAUGCAAUGAAAGUUGUGAAGAAAGAGCUCGUCAAUGACGAUGAGGAUAUUGAUUGGGUGCAGACAGAGAAGCAUGUGUUUGAGCAGGCGUCCAAUCACCCUUUUCUUGUCGGGCUGCAUUCUUGCUUCCAGACAGAAAGCAGGUUGUUUUUUGUCAUAGAAUAUGUAAAUGGAGGGGACCUCAUGUUUCAUAUGCAGCGACAGAGAAAACUUCCUGAAGAGCAUGCCAGGUUUUACUCUGCAGAAAUCAGUCUAGCACUGAAUUAUCUUCAUGAGCGAGGGAUAAUUUAUAGAGAUUUGAAGUUGGACAAUGUACUGCUGGACUCUGAAGGACACAUUAAACUCACUGACUACGGCAUGUGUAAGGAAGGAUUGCGGCCUGGAGAUACAACCAGCACUUUCUGCGGCACUCCCAAUUACAUUGCUCCUGAGAUCUUAAGAGGAGAAGAUUAUGGCUUCAGCGUUGACUGGUGGGCUCUUGGAGUGCUUAUGUUUGAGAUGAUGGCAGGAAGGUCUCCAUUUGAUAUCGUUGGGAGCUCUGACAAUCCUGACCAAAACACAGAGGAUUAUCUAUUCCAAGUCAUUUUGGAAAAGCAGAUUCGCAUCCCACGUUCUCUGUCUGUAAAAGCAGCGAGUGUGCUGAAGAGUUUUCUCAACAAGGACCCAAAGGAACGAUUGGGUUGUCACCCUCAAACUGGAUUUGCUGACAUUCAAGGACAUCCAUUCUUCAGAAAUGUGGACUGGGACAUGAUGGAGCAAAAGCAGGUGGUUCCACCCUUUAAACCAAACAUUUCUGGAGAAUUUGGUUUGGAUAAUUUCGAUUCCCAGUUUACUAAUGAACCAGUCCAGCUCACUCCAGAUGAUGAUGACAUUGUAAGGAAGAUCGAUCAGUCUGAAUUUGAAGGUUUCGAGUAUAUCAACCCCCUCUUGAUGUCUGCUGAAGAGUGUGUCUGAUUCUGCUGACUGCCGUUUAGUGCAUGGAUCCACCCGUUAGCCUGGUCAUAGUUAGCAUUUUAUGUUGCCCCUGCAGAAGUCUCUCUCGGUAUCCUGUUGGAGACUAUAGGAAUCAUACAGAUAAAUAGAGCUAAGAAACAGAAGCUAGCUUCCUGACAAUCAUGUCAACCUUGCUUAUGCUUGCUCUCCAGACACUCCUAAUGAGGAAGGACGGUCUUUGUGUAAAGGAAGCAACACAGCUUGUCAAAGAAAGCCUCUGCUGCGUUGUGACACUCAACGGAUGACAUCAUCAGUCUCCCACAGUUGUUGUCACUUUGGGUUAAGUCAUUGAAGGCUUAAUUGCGCAGUGGAGGGCCAUGCGGAGUAGUGCAUCUGCUAGUGUUACUGGUUGCCGAGGUCCCUCAGUUUAAGAUUCCUCCUAUAAAUAAAUCUUCUCAUUACUUUGGGUAAUUAAUAAUUACGAAUUGGGUUCUAAAUUAUUAGCUGUGUUUCAAAAACUGGCACAGUGAUUUAUUUAUUUUGUGUUUUUAAUUUUUUUUAAUUAUUUUUACACUAAGGGGUUAGCUUCUGAGCUUGCCUUUUCAGUGAAAACGAGCAUGCUGAUGUGUGUUCAGAGACAGGAUGCGCCAGUGGGCAGCUGCUCACACAGGGAAAAGUAGACGUCUAAAGUAGCUACAGAAAGAACGAUCGUACCGUUUUCUUUCUUACUGUUGGUGUUUAAGAUUUGAUGUAACUAAUGAGGAGGCCCUCACUUCUUAGCCAGCCUAGGAAAGCAUUCCGCUUAUUCAGGGGAGGCGGAGUGGAUAUAUUUUUAUUAUUAGUUAGUAUGUGGGAAAAUAAUUUAUCUUCUAUGUAGAAUGUCUUAACUACUUUUGGUCCCUUCUCCAGAGUACAUUAUCUGUACUUUGACCUUUUCGUGGAGUCUGGUGAAAUUCAAGACCAAUGAUGAUGACCACGGAUGACUAUGUAGCGCGCACACAUCCUGAGCUCCUAUGUCGUAGCUAACAUGUGAUACAGAGUAAGGUCCCUUUCAGGGCAGGGUUCUUGAGUUCUUUCUGCGCACUACUUUUAUUAACAGUAAGUGGUAUUUAGCAACCUCUUAUUUAAAGAAGUACCAUUUUAAGCACCAUUCUGCUGGUUAUUUUAAAUAUUUUUAUAUAGAGGAUUUUAAAAUGAUCGUCUAAAUAAGCUACAGUUGUCAAAUCAGUAAAUUUAACUUUAGGAAUGCUAUGUAGUGCUGAGAUUAUGAUGAUUUAAAACAUGUAGGCAUUUGAAAAUAACUUUGAGAAUGCUACGUUUCAUUAGAAGUGUAAGUUGUGUCAAGUUUGUGUCAUGCAUUUUCUUCAAAUAAUGUAAGACAGAGAGCAGUGAAAACCUCCAUUGAUAAAGCCAACAAGGGACCAUCAGGGUCGCUUGCCAAAGCCUGAUGACCUGAUGAUGCCUGGAGCCCACGGGCUGGUGGCCAUGGCGCGCGCACAGCCCUCCCCUGCGGGACAUCAGUUCGAGGGAGCAGACCAUUGAGUGCGGUGCGUGCACACUGACACAUUUCAUGUUGAAGUGUGUGUUUCCCCUAAGACCUGGAACAGUGUGUCUUAAUCAAAAGGCAGCAUUCCCGUCCUAAGCUGGUAGGAGCUCUGAGGUGUGUAUACUGUGACCUAAGUGGUGCUUCUCCCUUGGGGCAUUUUAGACUGAGAGCUGUUGAAGUGCACAGUGUCCAGCCUGCCUGGGACUCUUUGGGGCUUCAUAUUUCAUUUUGAGAAACUUUUUCUUCAGGUUAUUUUUUUUCUUGUGGCCAUAUUUCUUAUUGGAGUAUGAGUCUGUGUUUUUUGUGAAAAAACAUUUUAAGAAGGGAUAACCAGUGAAUUAUCAUGCAUUUGUCAACAAACUUAGAUGAGUAAAUUCAAGUUGUAUGUCUUCCCUAUCCUCACCCACAACAAAACCUGUACAUUUUCUGCCAAUAACAUUUAAAUGAUGAACAGUUUUCUGUGAUAAGGUUUUAACCAUAAUUAAUGGUGGUCUUUGUUUUUAAAUCUUUUUUUUUUUCUUAUUGUUGUUAACUAAUAAGACUUACUAUGUGUGUUUUAUACAGAAUUAUUACAGAUGAUUUUAAUUCAGUUCUAGUUUUCAGUCCUUAAGUGCCAUGCAAACUCUCUGUAUGUCAUGGAUGCCUCCUUCUCUCAGAGUACUCUCCAGGGAGACAGGCAGAGAGAUGGCGCUUGGUGUCUUAGACACCACUUACGUUGCCUAAGCUUGUGAUCAGAUGGGUUUAUCACAUGCAGCUGGAUGGGUCUGGUCAUCUGUGUCCUUGUUGCCAGUACUUAUUUAGAAAAUUGUUUUAAUUUUUAUCAUGUAGAACACUGCCUUGUUCACUAUAAUGUAAUCUGUAUUUGUAUAAUUUUUUUUACAUUAAAAUCUUUAAAUAAAAUGUUUAAUACCUAU